GUUGCAAUAAUAAUAAUAAUAAUAAUAAUAAUAAUAGUAAUUUAAUACAAAAUAUAUUAUUUCGAAUCGCUUGUUAUAAUAAUUGAUUGUAAAUAACCGUAUUUGGAUGUGUGUGCGCGCGUGAUAGUGUAAUUAUUAUUGUUAUUAUAAUAGUAUGACGUCUGUGGAAAUGUGUCACCGAACGGUCAACAGACAAUUCAUAUUAUAUUAUAGGGGUGCAGUGAUAUUAUGAUACAAUAAACUUUGUGGAUCGAUAGCUGUGAGAUCCAUAAUAUUAGGUCCGAAUUGCACCGACUGAGCCCGGAGGUGUAUAAUAAACGCCCGCGACGAACUUUCGACAUCUGAGCGCAGCUUUACGGGCAAAAUGCGACCUACCCAUAUAAUAAUAUAGGUACGUACACGAACGAGAAAUGUAUUAAAGUUCAAAUCGCGACCAUAGAGUUUACAACAAGUAAAUUCGGUGGUUGACUAUUAUUAUGGGUACGCCGUACACGCGUCUAAUACAUGGCGCGAUAGCGAGGGUUCUCAUUAUAAAAACGUCACCGCAGGAAGCUCCUUAAGUAGGCAUAGUACAAACAAAUCUCAAGAAUUCGAAAAUAUGGUCUUAAAAUUUCAGAAAAAAUCAUCGAAUAAAACAUUAUAUUCUGUUAAAUAAUCGAAUGAAAACACAAAUAUGAAAAAUAUUAUAAAUUUAUAUAAAAAAGUAAAAAAGAAAAGAUGACUCCUAAUAAAAGAUAAAAAUCACAAGAGUUGGAAUUGCGCUUUCAACUUGCCAUGAUUUUAAGUAAUGCAGUUAUCUUCAUAGCCUAUUAUUUAUACUGUUUACCAAAAAACCACAUAAAUCGAAAAUAAUAGGAGGCCGAAUGAAAAUGAUGAAGAAGAAAUCCGUUGUAAUUGAAGCUGUGGUUUCGAUAUUGUUAUGUUCAGUCAUUAACGACGUUUCAGGUGUAUUUUUCGGUUCUAGCGAUUUGACUUAUUGGAGAUGCAAAUUCAAACAAACGUUUCAAUGUCCGGAUCCCGACGUGACGUUUUACUUGUACACGAGUGAUCUCAGGAAAAUGAUUAAAAUCGAUAUGAGAGACAAGUGGUCGUUGUACAACAGUGGUUGGAACCCAAAUAAAAAGAACGUGAUCGUCAUACACGGGUUUAACGGAGCGGAAAAUAAUACGAUCAUGGUCAUACUGAGAAACGCCUACUUGAUGCGUGGAGACUUUAACGUGUUCAUGGUGGACUGGAGUCCGUUGACCGUGUACCCCUGUUACCUGUCGUCGCUGAGAAACACGCGAUUAGUGAGCCAGUGCACCGCUCAACUUUACGCCCAUCUCACUUAUUCGGGUGCUUCUGCUUACCAAAUACACUGCGUCGGCCACAGUCUCGGGGCUCACAUAUGCGGCAUGAUUAGCAAUCACUUGACGGAGAGACAGCACAAGAUCAUCGGUUUAGAUCCGGCAAAACCUCUGGUAGACUUGUUUACGAUGGACGAAUUUCGAUUGACGAGGGACGAUGCUGAUUUCGUAGAGGUCAUACACACAAACUCUGGAGUUUACGGAGAGUAUCCUCAGAUAGGACAUGUCGACUUUUGCGUAAACGGUGGUCGCAUGCAACCAAUUUGCACUAGCCAAGCAAAUAUAAUACAACAAUCGCGGUGCAGUCAUUUCAAGAGCGUUUGUUAUUAUGCAUUGUCACUUUCGAGAAGGCACAACAUGUUUUUGGGCGUACAAUGCACGGAAACUUGCGACUCAGUGAUACUUCCGUCAUUUUCGAAUCGGAUCGAUGUCAUACCCAUGGGCCUACAAACGCCAGAAUGGGUUAGAGGGACAUUUUACGUUGCAUACGAAGAUCCAGAUAACUUUUGCCGAUUCGAUGGAUAGUAUAACGUACAUAUUAAUUGUAAACAAAAAGUACAACUAUAUUAAUAUGUUUAUUAUGUAAUAUAGAUAAUUUUGCCUAAUCAUUUGCUAUUAAAUCAAUUUUAAUAUUAUGUAUAGUUUUCAAUUACCUCAUUAUAUUGUAAAAACUGACUAGAAUGCCACAAUUAUUGUUAUUUGUCGCAUGUAUUAUGUUUUGAUUAAUCAUGAUGUCAUUGUAUUAUUACGAUAAUAUAUUUAAUAUUUAUACACAAAAAUAUUAUAUUAAUUUUCUGAUGCGCUGUAAGUUGUAAACUAAACUGUGUGACAUAUUAUUAUAAUUUAUUUACAUCACAAUAUUGAAGUUUAUCUUAAAAUUAUAAAUAAUAUAAUACUACGUUAAGUCCAAGAUACUCAUA